AUGUGGUGUCCGUCAUGUCGUCAGUUCACUCCUAAGCUCGCUAGGUUUUACAAAACAUUGAAAGAAUCAGGCAAGAAUUUGGAGAUUGUUCUUGUGUCACGAGAUCGCGAGGAUGAAGACCUGAAGGAAUACCUAACGGAGCACUGCGGUGGCUGGCUGGCAAUUCCUUUUGGCGACGAGAGAAUUCAGAGAAACGGACCGACAUCCGACCAGGUUGAGCUCUUUGAUGAGUGGCAAGAGAAACUCAAAGGAUAA